AUUGCGCCCGCCCAUUCUGGAAAAAAUCAAAACAAACCGGCUUCUAAAACAGCUGACUGUAGAUCAUACGCAGUAUUUGGUCGAAAAAGGCUCCGGAAAACGAAAGAUUCACCGAAAUUUUUUUGUGAAACGCUUGUCUGGAAUGUAAUCUCUAUAUUCGUCCAUGAUGUUCGGUACAAAGAGGUUAGCAAAGAGGUCGAUCGUUGGCACAAAAGUCUGCGCACCGGGCCAAGAUGGCCGCUUUUACGCCGGUGUUAUAAAUAGUACUAAAACUGGCCCCCGCGACGAGGAUCUCUACGUGAUCAAAUUCGACGAUGGAAUCCUAAGAACAUACGAUGAAAAGAAUAUAUAUGGAGGAGGUUUCCAGUCGAUUACCUCCUGUCAACUUCCGGAGGGACAGCAAGUAUAUAUCACCUACAAUGGUAGGGAGCUGUGCGGUACAGUUGAUUCGCAUGACGAUGACAACCAAGUUUUAAUAAGCUGCAUUCUACCCGAUUCAACAACUAUACAAAUUCAAAGGCGUCUGGAAGAAGUAAGGUUGUUGAGGAGCAGAAAAUCGGCAAGACUUUUAGAUCAGGACAAGGAUUACUGUAGAUUGGCAGAUGUGCAUUCAGAAUCAAAGAGGCGAGCUGUAUCGAGUUCUAUCGAUGUCCCAGCAAAACAGAGACGGGGUUCAGAGGAAAUUAUGGAUGAAGAACAGGCAGCUAUGGUUCUUACAUCCCUCAGCUGUUCGCCAAAGCUAUCUUCCUCUUACCAAGAUAACUCGGGGAGUGUUUCAAGCGGAGUAUUCAGUAUGCCAUCCGAAUCGCCCCCAUCGUUACUAUCCACUUCAGCUCCACCAAAUCUGCAAGAUGAUAUGAUCGACACGAUGUCGAGCUCUUCAAAUGAAGAAGACGAAAUGAAGGGAACCAGGACGGUUUUCCAAUGCACUUGGAGAAAUUGUGAAAAGAUCAUGAGUACAAGAAUCAUGAUUGAAAAGCAUAUUCGACAGGAGCAUUUGGGGAGAGGAGCUGACGAAGACUGGUCCGAUCACGAAGAAGAUUUCUAUUACAAUGAGAUAGAAGUUUCGGUUGAUACUGUCACUGAUCAGUUGGCUGAUAUGCAUACUUACUCAACGUCCCCGCCAUCUUCUUUUGUGGAACAGAGUCGUAUUUUUAUUCAAGACCACGACUACCAGAGAAAGGAUCACCCUAUCCGCCCGUCUAAGUCACCAAGAUCCUCAAAUACGCAUUUGGCAUCCUCAUUUCCAACUUCCGGUUAUCAGAAUGGUAACAGCGGACUUAGUCGAUCUUAUACCUGGGGAUCGAACUCUAAACCAUACAAGAGCUUAUACUCGACUGCAAAGCUGCUACCCAUGCACAAAAAGUCAAGAUCGGAUGUGAAGAAGUGCAGGAAGGUUUAUGGAAUGGAAAACCGAGAUAUGUGGUGCACCCAAUGCAAAUGGAAGAAAGCCUGUAGUCGUUUUACUGACUGA